CGCCCUCCCGCCGCCGGUCAUUAGUUGGUUGGCCUCUUAAAGGUAACCUGCCGACGGCCAGCAGGUCUGUAUGCAACAUAGAGAGGGCAGUAGGAUGGUGGGUGCGAUGGAACCCCUCGGUGCCCUUUCCCGCUGGUACCUCUACGCCAUCCACGGUUACUUCUGCGAGGUCAUGUUCACCGCCGCGUGGGAAUUCGUCGUCAAUUUCAACUGGAAGUUCCCGGGAGUUACCAGCGUGUGGGCUCUGUUCAUCUACGGCACAUCCAUGAUGGUGGUGGAACAGAUGUACCUGUCCCUCAAGAAUCGAUGCCCGGGUCUGGUGAGGUGCCUCAUCUACACUCUGUGGACCUACAUCUGGGAGUUCUCCACAGGAUUCAUCCUUCGCCAGUUCAACGCUUGCCCCUGGGACUACUCUCAGUUUGACUACGACUUCAUGGGGUUGGUCACCCUGGAGUACGCGGUGCCCUGGUUCUUCGCCUCCAUCAUAAUGGAGAAGCUGGUGAUCAGGAACACCCUGUGCCUGCGGUUCGAUGAGAAUGGGGAGCCACGGUCGCCUGCCAUUGCCCCGGCUACAUUGUGGGACCACUUGACACUGAGGAAAGAAGAGUGAAGUGCGGGGUGCUUGUCCUGCAUUUGAUGCUUCCCAGAACUGGCCCAGCCGGACUGACCCGGGGACAACCAUGACAUUUAUCAAGACCUUUUAUUUUUGUACCUUCAGGAAUAGCUUUAUCACGAGUUCAGGCUCCAGUGUUCUGUGACCUGGUUGAUGCACUCUCUCUCUCUCUCUCUCUCUCUGUGUGUGUGGCGUCCACAUCUCCAGUGCAAGCAGUGAUUACCGGCAAGAAUUUAACUCAUCGUGGCUCAAGCCAGGAGAACACCAGAUGUGUGUGUAUACUAACUUAUUUCAGUUCCUUAAAUCUCUUACUCUCCUCCACAAGGGAUCACUGCUUUUGGAGAGUUGCUCUGCUAGCCUCUGACAGGAGAGGGUUUGUGGAAUUGUCCACAAGCCCGUGCAAAAAAGUCGCACCUAAUACUGUUCUGCUUCCCCUGCAGCUUCUUUGCAAUAAUUCCCCCUCAGAUUGUUCGCGAGCGGUGAUGGCGGGGGAUACGUGUAAUUGCGUUGAACUUUCUCUGCGGACAAGAUAAGAUGCUACCACAGAUGGGACAUGUUGAUCCUCUGCGGAAGCCACAUGUGCCCGACUGUUGUCCCAAGGGCUGCUAUCACUUCGAGAUCCCAAUUAAACAUUCCUGCAGUUGUUUCAAUAAAACCCAUCAAGACAUCGCUGACAUUUUGAGCACUCGCCUCUCCUCAAA